AUGUCCGGAAACCUCGAGCCCCUCGUCCUCCACGCCCACGGCACCGCUCCGAACCCAUACAAGAUCGCGGCAGCGUUGGAGUUCUUGAAUGUGCCAUACGAAGUCAAGCUUUGGCAGUUUGGAGACGCAAAGAAUGGUGUGAAGGGCCCAGUGUUCACAAAGAUCAACGAGAAUGGUCGUGUUCCUGCAUUGGAGGACCCAAACACAGGUGUAGUGAGCUGGGAGUCGGGUGCGGUGAUGGACUAUAUCUUGCGAGUAUACGAUAAGCAGAACACGCUUGGUCCACGAGGCAACUCAGUGUGUGUCGCGCUUCCACGGCACAUUGAGAGCAUGGGACCGUGCAAGAGCUGCAAGUGUUCGUGCCCGAUCUUGCCGGGUGGUACACCAUGUUAA